GAACAGGAGACUACUGCUACCUUCCAUUUCUCCAGUCUUCUCAGGACAGGUGCCUGAUCUGCGCUCGGCACAGCCUCACUUCACUCUAUAAUGAAGACACCCCUGUGGACUCUGCUGCUACUGGGGCUAUUUGUCCCUGGACACAGUGACUGUCAGAGAGACUGCCUCUCAUGCAGCCAAAUUCUGCCCAAAGACCAUGCCUUCAACACACUGGUCUGCUUGGUGGAAUGUCACAGUGAGGAUUCGUUGGGCCUCACCUGGGAGAUUUGUCGCACAGCCAUGGAGGAAGGACACCUGGCCUCGCUGUCACUACAGGGUGCCAUGCUUAAAAGGGCCGAGGAGGAGGUCGGAGCUGUCCUGCCUCUGGACCAGGGCGCCGGAGGCCCAUUGUAUUCCAAGGCCCUCCAGAGAUUUGACCAUGUGGUGCGGGCCUUGGAUCUGGACAAACUGGAUCAAGAGAACUACGACUCCCAGAAGCCUCGGUCUGAGGAGAAAGAUGAGGGGGAUGCGGAAGGAGACCGGGAGCUUGGGAGCGAUCAGGAGGGCACGCCCAUGAAUCUAACCAAACGCUUCGGCGGCUUCUUCAAAAGCAAGUAUGGGUACCGGAAGUUCGCGGAUCCUGGGAGGUCUUUACAGAAGAGGUACGGCGGUUUCAUAGGUGUCCGCAAGUCUGCCCGCAAGUGGAACAACCAAAAGCGUUUCAGCGAAUUUCUAAAGCAGUACUUGGGUAUGACCACUCGAGCUAGCGAGUUUAAUAGUGUGUCUACUGAUAUUACCCAGCAGAACGAGGUGUAAAAUGGCUCAGUAUUGCUAGACUUGCCCAACAAGUCAUCAUGUGUUAUGCUCAGUCAAGAGAAACUAUACACAUCUUUCUGUACCUUCAUGAAAAUGUGACAAUGGAAUGUGGAAUGCCAUAUGGAUAGAUAUGCGUAAA